AUGAGUGAUUUCAAAAAGAAUCUUUAUUCUCGUCAAAAAUAACAAGACCUUUAAUUAUUGAAAUUAAUACCUGACUCUUUACCUGAUGAAAUUAAACAAGCCCUUAAAUCUUCUGUUGAAAAUUUAACUAAAUAAGAAGCUGAUUAAGAAAAGUUUGAAGAAUAUAUUCAUAAAGUAAAUUCAGAUGAUAUUAUAACUUCAUUUAUUGGAUUAAAUCGAUGUAGGAAACUUUUGAGUAAUCCUCAAAUAGCAGCUCCAACAGAAUAAAUGAUUGAAUUGUUUUUUCAAACAAGAGUUCAUAUUAAAAUCUUUGACAUAGCCAAAAAUACUAAUAUUCCAUUGUUAAAAUAUGAGGCUCUUUGGAUAAUCUGUAAUAUUGGAUUUGGAACUUAAAAAUAGAUAUAAACUAUUGUUGAUAAUGAUGGAAUAAAUAUUCUGUUUUAAGCACUUGAAUCAGAAUAUGUUGAAAUCAAAGAACUGGGAGUUUGGGCAUUAGCAAAUAUGGCAGGAGAAAACUUAAUUUUUAGAGAUAUGUUAUUGUAGUAAGGAGUUCUAAAGGUGUUCAUCAAUUUAGCUAAUAAAUGCAGGGAUAAUCAAAGUGAGACUAAUAAUUGGGGAACUAAAAAUUUAACAAUUUUGAAAACUCUAGUAUGGGCCUUUUCUAAUUUAGCCAAAGGAAAGAAAACUCCAGAGAAAAUUGUAUUAUAUUACAUUAACUAAUUAGUUUUUUAAAGAUUUAGUUUAUAUUCUUUGUUAAAUUAUAGUGGAAACUGAGGAUGAAGAGAUAUUAAAAGAUGCUUGUUGGGGUUUAAGUUACUUAAGUCAAGAAGAUUUUCUAAUGCAUAUUAUAAUUUAAGAACAAAUUACUUAAAAAUUAGUUUUACUAUUGCAAAAAGAAAAUCAGAGUAUAGUGAUUCCUGCUUUAAGAAUCUUAGGAAAUAUAUUAACUGGUAAUGAGGAGUAAACAAAUGUAGUAAUGAACUGUGGAGUUGUAUAAGUCUUUUAAAAAUUACUUCAGAAUAAUAAAAGAAAUAUCCGACAAGAAGUAAAAAUAUAUAUAAAUACUAAGGUUUGUUGGUCAUUGUCUAAUAUUGCUGCUGGUUCUUCAGGUUAAGUUAAAUAAAUUAUUAGAGAUGAUUAACUUCUUAAUUCUAUAUUUCUAUUAUUAAACAAUGAAACCUCAAAUGUAAUAGAAUAAAUAUCUUACAUAUUUUCAAAUUGUAUUUUUUCAGCAGAAUUAGAAGAUAUUGAUUAUCUUGUAAUAUAGCAUGGGCUCUUUUAAAAAAUGUCAUUACUACUAGAUAUGAAUGAAAAAAUAGUAAUUAGAGUAACCCUUGAAGGUAUCUAUUAAAUUUAAAAAAGAGGUAUUAUAUUAAUUUUAUUAAGUUCAAAAUGAUCAAAGAUAAGAGUAAUACAAAAAAUUCAUUGUAGAUUCUAAAAUUAUGGAUAAGGUUGCCGAUUAAUUAAAAUACUCAUCUAAAGAGAUUUCUUCUAAAGCUAGCAAAGUUUUUGAAAUUUUUAAUUCCUGA